AUGCCCUGCAUGUGUCUCACGCGCUACGGUACUGGCGCCAGCGAAGCGACAACUUUGCAGCGGGGUCGCGUUUCGCCUGUGCGCGUCUCUCUCAAAGACGUCAUUCGCCACAUCUCGCACACACGCACACACGCACAUACAUUACGCCUACAUUCACGCACAGAAGCAGGCGGUAAGCACGAGAAGGGAGACAACAUAGCGUCCCCACCCAUUCCUCUCCAUUUUAUUGGAGUGCGCAUCACGCAGGCUCAUUCGCUUACUGCUCUCUUUUCUCUGCCUCUUGUGUCUGUUUUCGGGUCACUUCCGUGUACAUGUACGGUAAACUCUUGUAUCUCUAGAACCUUCCCUUGCGACAUUCCCCCACCCCUACCUCCUCCCUUCUCCCCAUUACACCCCUCUCUCUCUCUUUCUCUGCUUUCUGCUGUGCGUACAUGUGUAUGCCUAUUACGGACUGACACAAGACGUACACACCCAAACACACUCACACAAGACGUACACACACAAGUACAUAUAUACACACAUAUAUACGCGAGCAUCGGCAAACCCUUUUGCACAUCGAAGCGUUUGCUAGUGUUUGCUCUCUCUCUCGUGUGUGUGUGUGUGUGUGUGUGUGUGUGUGCGUUGGUGCGCGAGCGCGACGGCUUCUCUGUAUCUGGCUUCCUUUUCUCGAUUUACUUCCUGUGCGCCCCCCGCAACGGAGUCCACCCGUCUUAUCGUUUCCGGUUUCUCUGCUUUCCGGCAUCUCUGCUGCCCCCCUCCCCUACCCCCCUCCCGAAGGAGUACACGUGGUUUGUUUUAUGCCUUGUGCUUUCACUUUGGUCGCGUGACGACGACAACGAAAGUGCGGCCGCGCCCUCGAAAGCGCAAGCGCAAUUAAUGAUUCCCGGAGGUGCGGGCAGCGGCUUAGAGCCUGCGCACCCCAGAGGUGGACUGGCACACCCGUACAUGGACUCCGUGCCCACUAGCAGCGUACCCGGAAUGUUCUCUUCGUAUACUGGCAGGUCGACUUUUAGCGCAGGCAUCGGGGAGGGCGGCAUCGCCGGCGGCCGCGGAGGUGCGCGAGCUGCUUCGGCAGAAAGCUCUCCUUCAGAGGGCGAGGCUUUCACCAAGGAGGAUCGGAUGCUGCUUCGGCUGCUCUACCACCAGCAGCAAGCCAUCCAGGUGCAGCUUAACACCAUGACGGAGUGGAUGCAGCAAGUGAACUAUCGCAUCGCAUCCCUCGAACGGCUCUCCCGCCACACACGCCCCGUCACGGCUGUCGGGGCAACCUCUAGCCUCACCGCGAGCGCGGCACCGCUACCGUCCCGUAGCACCUCCGCGGCGGAGGGCUACGGCACCUUGGCAGGCCAAAUCCAAGGCGCACCGCUCUACUCGUCUUCCCCGGCGCUUAGCGCGAGAGACGCACCUCGGCCGCAGACAGGCUCUGCGCCGGCGAGCGUCUACAGCGGGCAAGGCCUUCAUCAGCGCGCUACCUCAAGUGCGCCGCCCUUGUCGAGCGUCCAGGAGAGUUCCCGUGCCUGCACCCCGCCAUCUGAGCAGACGAGGCACCAGACCGGCGGGGCGGGCGGUGGCAGCGCCGUACCCAGCACGACUCGCUCUUUCGAGUCCGCCAUGGCGCAGCCCUGGGACCCGCACAACACUUCUCUGCAAUCUGCUAGUGGUGCGGGGGUUCACAGCCGCACCUCCUCGCACACGAGCGCGCUGGGCCGUCGCGCGAACCCUCUUUUGAGCUCGUCCACCACCAUGAACAAGCUGCCCACGUCGACCUCGCGGCCGAACUGGGGUGACCCCAAGCAACUCUCACGGCUGGACGCAUCUGUACCGAGCGGCACGGCGCAAACAUCAUUAUCGAGCGGCCUAACCUCACUCGACACACAACAGCCGCCGCCAUCCCAGCAGCAGCAGCAGAGUCGCCAGCCGCCCGUCGUCAGCCCACCUACCGCGGCAGCGGUCCCGUACGCAUCGUCUCCUCUGUACACGUCAGCCGACGCCGUCGUUCCGCCGUACCGCCGGAUGCCCCCAGAGCCGACGACACGUCGACCCCAUAGUCGAGCUGCAGCCGCGGUCACAGCUUCCCCCUCCACGGUCAGUUGCGCACCUCCUGUCUUCAGUGGCACCGUGGACGCAUCACUCGCCGCGUCUGGCCGGGAGGGGACGCUCCCGCCUGCGAAGAGCAGCAGUAUGGCGACGAGCAGCAACCACGGCGACGCACGAGGGCGCGCCGCCACCGAGACUACGGCUGUGGAGGGGUCGCGGGAGGUCAGGGCGACUUACAGCGCCGCCGCGGUUAGCCCUGAAAAUCCGCGCGCGGCCACCGAUCCCGCAGGUGGGGCCGGUCGAGCUGCUCGCCCGCAUGAUGGGGGGACGCGCUUGCCCUCCGCGUCGAACGACGACUCGCUCAGCGAUGGUUAUGGCAGCUAUGAGUCUCGUAUGUACAUGAAGAAUUUGGGGCUGUUGUGA